GGCAGACGCGAUCAACCCAGCAACCUGUCAACUGCUCAUCCAAAAUCCAAACCCAUCAUCGUCGGCAGAAGACCCGGGGUGCCCUUAGCUCCUCGCGCGCGCGCGCUCCAUAAAACCCUCCGCCCCCAACGACCUCCAGGCUCCAGCCAGCCUCCUCACUCUCCCUCCCCUGAUCCCUCUGCUCCGCUGUGCUGUUCUGUUCCUCCCCCGAUCCAUCAGAUCAGCGCGGCCGAUUAGAUUAAUAGGAUUGGCGCAGGAUGGCUGGCUCCUUGGACCGGUUGUUCAUUGUUUAAUCCCCGCUUGCUCACGCAUUCUGCGCUGCUCGAGAUUAGUCAGUCCAAGAAGGAGAGGAAAGCGAGACUGAGGAGCCAAACAGAGGAGCUUGUUCUUGGGUGUGACUGUGAGGGAGUUUGGAAGGGGAGAGGAGAAGGUAGAAAUGGCGGGGGGAUUCGCCGGCGGCGAGGUCGGCGCGGGGAGGGCGGAGUUCUACGAGGGGAAGAUCACAAGCUACUUCAUCCUCGCCUGCAUCGUCGGCUCCUUCGGAGGAUCCCUCUUCGGCUAUGAUCUCGGAGUCUCCAGUGGUGUGACGUCCAUGGACGACUUCCUGAUCAAGUUCUUCCCGGACGUGUACGCGCGGAAGCACGCGCACCUGCACGAGACGGACUACUGCAAGUACGACAACCAGGUGCUGACGCUCUUCACCUCGUCGCUCUACUUCGCCGGCCUCGUCUCCACCUUCGGCGCCUCCUACGUCACCAAGCGCCGCGGCCGCCGUGCCAGCAUCAUGGUCGGCGCCGCCAGCUUCUUCCUCGGCGGCGCCAUCAACGCCGCCGCCAUGAACGUCGCCAUGCUCAUCGUCGGCCGCGUCCUCCUCGGCGCCGGCAUCGGUUUCGGUAAUCAGGCCGUCCCGCUCUACCUCUCCGAGAUCGCGCCGUACCGCAUCCGCGGCGCCGUCAACCAGCUCUUCCAGCUCACCACCUGCCUCGGUAUCCUCGUCGCCGACGUCAUCAACUACUUCACCGACAGGCUGCACCCGUGGGGGUGGCGCCUCUCGCUGGGGCUCGCCAUGGGCCCCGCCACCGCCAUCUUCGUCGGCGCGCUCUUCCUGCCCGAGACGCCCAACAGCCUCGUCGAGCGCGGGAAGCUAGAGGAGGCCCGGCGCGUGCUGGAGAAGGUGCGCGGCACGCACAAGGUGGACGCCGAGUUCGAGGACCUCAAGGAGGCCAGCGAGGCGGCGCGCGCCGUGAAAGGCACGUUCCGGAACCUGCUCGCAACGCGCAACCGGCCCCAGCUCGUUAUCGGCGCGCUCGGCAUCCCAGCGUUCCAGCAGCUGUCCGGGAUGAACUCCAUCCUCUUCUACUCACCCGUCAUCUUCCAAAGCCUCGGCUUCGGCUCCUCCGCCGCGCUCUACUCCUCCAUCAUCACUGGCUCCAUGCUCGUCGUCGGCGCCCUCAUCUCCAUGGUCACCGUAGACCGCCUCGGCCGCCGCUUCCUCUUCAUUGAGGCCGGCAUCCAGAUGAUCUCCUCCAUGGUGGUUGUCGCGGUGAUCCUAGCGCUCAAGUUCGGGCACGGCCAGGAGCUGACAAAGGGCGUGAGCACGGUGCUGGUGGUGGCCAUCUGCCUCUUCGUGGUCGCCUACGGCUGGUCGUGGGGCCCGCUGGGGUGGCUGGUGCCGAGUGAGCUGUUCCCGCUGGAGAUGCGGUCGGCGGGGCAGAGCGUGGUGGUGUGCGUCAACCUCUUUUGGACGGCGGCCGUGGCACAGUGCUUCCUCGCGGCGUUGUGCCACCUCCGGUGGGGCGUGUUCGUGCUCUUCGCCGCGCUCAUCGUCGUCAUGUCCAUCUUCAUCAUCCUCCUCCUGCCGGAGACCAAGCAGGUGCCCAUCGAGGAGAUUUGGAUGCUCUUCGACAGGCACUGGUACUGGAAGCGCAUCGUCCGCAAGGACCCCAAGUACCAGGGACAUCACCACCACCAGCAGCAGGAAAUGGCGGGAAAUGGAAGCAGCUGCUAGUGUCAAUUCCAGUUCAGAUGCUUAGAGCUUCUUAAUGCUUGCUCUGGUUGUUGCUGAUGAAGAUCAGAAGAUGGUGUCUUAAUAAGUUUUAUGAGCUUGUCAUUUUUAAGGAUAAAUUACUAAUUAGAUGCAGCUGUGAUGUUGAUGCUAAGAGGAGUUUGGGAUUGAUUGCUGAUGUUUUACAUUGUUCAAAGCUUCAUGUUCUUGGGUGUUCAGACUUCUUGGGCAAAAGCUUGCCCCAAGGUGUAAUUGUUCGGGUUCGAUAACCAAGUCUAGUCUUACAAAUGUGUGGUGAUGGCUUUCUGAAUGUUAACAUCCUCCAGCCUGUAUCCAUUUAAACUGGAAAACGUUUCUGUUUCA